AACAAUCCUUCCGUAAUAUGUGUGGUGCCUACAUGUUGAUAACUUCUGAGAUAAGAGUUUUAGGCUGUUGACUACACUCUUAUUGCGCGACACGCAUCAAGAAGAUGAAGUUUUCUGUUGUAGCGGUGGUGUUCCAGAUUGUCCUGAUAAUCUUGUUUGCGACACUAGUGAAGUAUGAUCCUGAACAAUCUGGUGCUCUUCGUAAGAACGAACAAGGAUCCCAUAUUUCGGUGUAUCCAAUUUUCCAAGAUGUUCAUGUGAUGAUUUUUGUCGGCUUUGGAUUUCUCAUGACAUUCCUAAAGAAAUAUGGUUAUGGAGCUGUUGGAUACAACUUUUUUAUUUCCGCCUUGGCUAUUCAGUGGUACAUUAUAAUUUAUGGAUGCAUUGAAAAUCGUGGAAAAACUGGAUUUGAUAUUGUACUUAACAUUCAUAGCUUGAUCACUGCAGAUUUUUCUGCCGCCGCUGUUCUUAUAACAUUUGGUGCUGUUUUGGGCAAAGUCAGCCGCCUUCAACUAUUGAUUAUUGCCUUUAUUGAAAUCAUCAUGUUUUCUGUGAAUGAAUUUAUCUUAUUGAAAGAAUUGAAGGUCGCUGACGCUGGUGGGUCUAUGGUUAUUCAUUGUUUUGGUGCAUACUUUGGGUUGGCAGUAAGCUUCAUGAUAAGAAGACCUGAAGACACUGAUAACAACCCGAAAGAAGGCUCAGUCUAUCAUUCAGAUAUCUUUUCAAUGAUUGGAACGAUCUUCUUGUGGAUGUACUGGCCAAGUUUUAACAGCGCAUUGGUGGAGCAUCCGGCUGAUCAACAGAGAGCUAUUGUUAACUCAUAUCUCUCACUUGUUGCUGCAUGUGUUACAACAUUUGCAGUCUCUGGACUCCUUCACAAAGACAGAAAACUUGACAUGGUACAUGUACAGAAUGCAACAUUGGCUGGUGGUGUUGCAGUGGGUACACUGGCUAAUAUGGUUAUUGAACCAUGGGGGGCACUUCUCAUUGGUUUUCUUGCCGGGAUUAUCAGCGUUGUUGGAUAUAAAUAUGUUACGCCUUUCCUGGACGAGAAACUUCGCAUCCAUGACACAUGCGGAGUGCACAAUCUUCAUGGAAUGCCUGCCUUAUUGGCUGGAGUCGCUGGAGCUGUGGCGGCAAAACUCGCUGAUGCUGAAGACUAUCACAAUAGUUUGGGAAACGUGUUUAACAGUUCCUAUUCCUCUACAAAACGAGCUGGAUAUCAAAUCUCUGCCCUGUUGAUCACUCUUGGGAUAUCAAUAGUUUCUGGCCUAAUAACUGGCUUUAUAGUGAAUUUUGAAGUGUUUGAUCGCCCAACACGUGAACAAUUGUAUGAUGAUGCAGAUUUCUGGGAGCUUCCAGAAAUAUGUGUUAAUGAGAAUCCAACGAAUGACAUACCUCUUCAACCAACUGUCAAAACAGAAGUACAAUCUUCUUAAAAUUGACCGUUAUUCAUUUCUGCACAUCAGUUACAUGUAUCUUCCUAUAAACGUUGUGGUAUUUUUAUGAUUUCACUGAUAUACUAUACUAUACUAUACUAUACUGUAUACUACUGUAUACUACUAUACUCUACUAUACUUAAUAUUCAGUGCUCACUUAUUGUAAUAAUUAUGUUACUUUAAUAAUAUUUAAUGUCAACAUAUUUUAUCGGUGACCCAAGUAGUCAUAGGGUCUUUCUCGUUGGAGCAUAUCUCUAUGGGAAAACAAGAAAAUAAUAUUCCUGAGAAAUUUGGAGAUUAGUCUAAGGUUUUAAUACAGUUCUUGCACAA